AUGGACUGUAGCCAUGAGGUUGCACAAAAGAAUUCAGUCAAGAACAGACGAAAAAAACUUGCUCAUCUGAGUGCUGAGAGCCUGACUGAGUCCAGGAACUGCCGAUGAAAGUACCGAGUUGGUUUGGUCGAUUUGAGAAGAGUAGUACAAUUGCAUCAUUGACAUCAUCGAGGGGUACCGAUUUGCAACCGUCUGCGCUCGGUCCGAAGACAUUCCAGGGCACACCAUCAUUUGUCUCGUCCAUGUGUCUUUAACUGAUUCAGCAUGAGCCUUUUUCGACCAUUCUUGAAGAUAUUCGAAAGCUAUUCCACUCAUCUCAACUUGAUCGCUUGGUUGACAAACGACGUAGGUGAUAUUUUCAGAGAAUGUUCCUUCAGCAGCGUUUCUGAUUGAACUUUCCGAUUCCAGGUGAAAAUGCUGGAGAACGCGUUCAUUCUCUCGAAAUUCCAUCGAAGCAUGAGAUGCUUUGUCGUUCCUUUCCAACGUCGCACUUUCGCCUCCUUCUGUUGGCUUUUCGAAGCCUCCAGUAAUAUUCGCCGUGGUUGCUGUUGUUGUUGUGGUUGUUGCUGCGGCGAUUGCUGUUGCUGUUGUUGUCUGCGACUUCAGGGUAGGAUGAACGAACGAGCCAGUUCUUAGCCUUUCAGCAGCGCUAAUGAAACUAAUGAAGUCUUCAUCGCUUAA